AUGGAAAGUCCCAACAAUGGUGGAAUACCAGAGGAUUUGUUACUCGAGAUUCUUUUACGGUUACCCGUGAAGGACCUAUUGCGAUUCAAAUCCGUCUGCAAGCGCUGGUACUCUAUUAUCCGAAGCCCGGAAUUUAUAAACCAACACUUUCGCCACAAAAGCAAUCGAGAAUCCCUUCUCAUUCGUCACUACAGAUACGACUUGGAGCAGUACGCUUUUGCCGUGUAUCUCGAUGAAAAUUUUUCGAAAUACGAAGAGCCCGAUAAUCUUCAGCUUCCCUGCACUGUCUCGGCCCUAAUGGGCCCCAUAAACGGCAUAUUUUUGGUUUCCGGCAUCUCGGGCCACAUGGCGUUCUUGAACCCUGCCACGAGACAGUUUAAGCCUCUCUCAUUGCUUUUGCCCAAUGUCCCGCCUUAUUUAUCUCUGUAUGACCAUUUGUUCGGGUUCGGUCUGGACCCGGUAAGUGGCUCGUACAAGGUUGUCUCGAUUCAGUACCAUUGGAAACGGGAGACUGAUAUGGCUCACCACCCGUGUAUAAUAUCCUUCUACACCUCGUCUAGUGAUUCUUGGAGGCAUUUCGAGGAUUCGGGUUUUGUUAAUUCGAGCCGCUGUGCGUAUAGGUCUUUAUGCAACACUUAUCUAAAAGGGUUUUACUAUUGGGUAAUGGAUAACUACAAGGAUGUUGCUAUUCUGGCUUUCGAUAUGAAAAACGAGAGCUUUACCGAAAUACAAGUUCCUGAUUGUAUUAAGAUUAAAGAAGGGGACCUUUCUUUGUACAGAGAUUCGUUAGCUCUGCUGACGUGUGAUUUGGAUAAUGUCGACAUAUGUGUUGAUGUUUGGGUGAUGGGUGGGAGAGAUGAAUGCUGGAGUAAAUGUUUGACGGUCGGGCCUUUUCAGGACAUUAGAUGGCCGCUCGGUUUCUGGAAGGAAAACGUGCUUCUGAUCGAAACUGAGAAUUCUGUGUUGACUAUGUAUGAUGUGAGUGCUCGGAAAUCGAGGACUGUGGAGACUCGGAGGAAAGAGAAUGGGUUUUUCAUUUGUUGGGUGUUUUCUUAUAAGGAAAGCCUCGUGUCGAUCGAAGGAGAAGGGGAAGGGUGCAGACUGUGGGAUGCUUCUUCUGAUUUUGUGAGGGAUUUUUUCAAGUCAUAG